GCCGCCGGUAGAAACUGGUAAACUUUUCGGAAGAAAUUCCUUUCAGGCGCUAAAUCGUUCAUGAAUGCAAAAUAAAUAUAAAAUUUUACUCUGUUAAUAGUAUAGAUUCUACAGGGAUUGCUUUUUUCUAAAAAGUAUUGAAUCGUUCAACAACAUUUCCUUCUCCAAACAACUUUCUUACCGUCUAAUGUCAAUAUCUCUCAUUAUCGUCCGACCAUGAGUGCCCUGAGUCGUUACAAGAAUUUUUUGAGAAUAAUUGAAUCGUGGCCACUGGAUAAAUCAAAAACUAAUCGGGAUUUGGGAGAAUUAAUCAGGAAAAAGGUAUCAGAUGGGUUUAAAGCGUCAGGAGAAUUAAAACAUGCCAACGAUAGCUCAAACUGUGAUUCUCAGUUGGAUGCUCUCGAAAGAUUAGUUAAGGACGUCCACUUAAAAUCUUACCCAAGAUCGAAGAAUACUUGCGCAACUGGUUUAACUUUGGAGGAAUGUAAUAUACUUGUUUCAAACGAGGGUGCGCAAGUUCUGAGCGAGAGUGAUGUAACCUUCAUGGACAAGCUCAAGGGAGCAUUUAAGAAAAAAUAAACCAUCUAAAAAGAUUGUAUUGGAACUGACGUGUUCUAAUUAUGUCUUUUUUGUUAUUUUUUAUGAUUAGAUAUUCUUUGUGUAAGUAAAUUAUUUUAAAGUAAUCACUUUUUAUAUCCUUCUUAUCUUUUAACUGUUGACCUUGUUCAUUCUAGUCCUUUUUGCGUAAUUGUUCUGUACACAUAAGAAGAAUUGAAAAUGCAAUAUAAAAAAGUAAAUUAUUCGUAGGCCAACCCCUUCUCUUAGCUCCCUUUUUUUAUUUCCAUAGUAAACUUAGUAACAGGAUAAACGCAUGCCAACUUUAUAUAAAUAAUGAAUGGCUACUCAUAUAUCAUGUUGAGACAGUUUUGAAGUUGUGUUGUAAUAGUAUACGCAAUCAGCUUGAAUCGGCUCAAAUCAGGUGACACGAAAAAUUCCGAAGAAGCGUGAAAUACCGUCAAAAAUUUCCUUAAAUUGACCUAGUAGCUUCUAAAGAGGAUUAGGUUUGAUAAAAAAAACUUUCAUAAAGAGAUAUAAUUCUAUCUAGAGUAGAUAAUUGAACAAAUAGUUUUUUUUCCUUUUUUACCGCUGAAUAAGCUUCACAUUUUAUGCAUUUAAAAUAAGAGGCGAGGUUGAAGG